GUUCGUCUGUUGACUCCGUUUGAUAUGGGCGGAAUUGUUUAAUUGUUGUGCUCUGCUCUACUAUUACUAUUGACAGGUUAAGAUGUCAAGCUAUAAACAUAAGUCUGGAGCUUUGAAAAGAAAGCUCCAGAAAGAAAAAUUAGAACAAUCUGCUAAAGGUCGCCAGGAUAUUAAGAAGUUUUUUAAGAGUAAUGAAAAAGAAGAGUUGCAAGAAUUUCAACCGGAUUUCAAUCCAGAACCUACAUCAGCCUCACAGACCCAACCUUCUUCAGCUUCAAUCCAAAAUGCUUCUACGUCUACUGUAUGUGAGGGAAGUAAUGACGAAUGUGCUAGUGCUGAUCCAAAUCUUAGUAAGGAUACUGUCGAUGACAAUAAAACUUUUAAUUUUGACGAUCCUAAUACGUGGCCUGCGGUGAUGAGUGAUAAAAUACGGCAGGACAUAGUAUUGUGCUACGGUGGUUUUCAAGCUUUUCAGGCCAGAUCAAAAUCAUUUCCAGCUGACCCCUCAGGAAAACAUUUCCAUGAAACAUUGUUGUACAUGAAAACAGACAACAGAACAUGUAAAGCAAUUCCACGUGAAUGGUUAAUGUGGAGUGAAACAAAAAACAGCAUUCAUUGUUUACCCUGUAGCAUUUUCCAUUCAAACCAAAACAAAAGUAAACUUGCAAAAAAAGGUUUUUUCCCUGAAAAACAACAAUACAAACGAUUAUACAGGUUAUUUUCGAUGCAUGAAAGAAGCUCUGAGCACAGAAAACACUACCUAGAAUGGAAAAGUCUUCAGAUAUCAUUGAAAGGACAUGGUGUCGACAGCAAUCUGCAACAGAUUAUUAACUGUGAAGCAACAAGAUGGAAAGCUAUUCUUCAACGAAUUUUGGACACAACAAUAUUCUUGAGUAGUAGAGGUUUAGCUUUCCAAGGGGAAAAUACCCAGAUCGGUGAUGUUCACAAUGGAAACUUUUUAGGAGUAUUGGAAUUAAUAGGAAAAUAUGACGAAGUAACUCGUGAACAUUUAGCCAAAGUAAAAGAAAACCAGUUGAAUAAAAAAACUUGGAUGCAAGAACACGAAUUGGCAACAAUUCCGUGGCCAGCAGCAUCUCCAGAUCUUAGCCCCAUUGAAAACAUAUGGGGACUGAUGAAGAUUGAAGUGGAACGAGCAGCGCCACGAGAUAAAGAAGGUUUGAUUCGGUCAGUUUUACUGGCCUGGAACACCAUUACCGAAAAUUAUGGCCUUGACCUAGUUUCGGUUGUACCUGGACGUUUAGUUAAGUGUUUGGAUUUAAAUGGAGGUUGUAUAAGUAAAUGA